UUCAAGCCUUGCGCUUCCCACUUCCGCCCCCUCUGCCUGCCAUUGGAACUAGCUAGUAAAGCCGAACAAGUUGCUGCUGAGGAACAGUCGACGCACCCCACCUCCUUCUCCCUCCCGCCUGCCCUCAUCCUCCCUGGCCGCCGCCGCUGCCGCUGCCGCCCCGAGGCCCUGCGACCGUUGAGCCCGCAGCCUACGCCGCGGCCGAUAUGAGCUUCUUGUUUGGAAGUCGCUCCUCUAAAACUUUUAAACCAAAGAAGAACAUUCCAGAGGGUUCUCAUCAAUAUGAACUCUUAAAGCAUGCAGAAGCCACACUUGGCAGUGGCAACCUCCGGAUGGCUGUCAUGCUUCCUGAGGGGGAAGAUUUAAAUGAGUGGGUUGCAGUGAACACUGUGGAUUUCUUCAAUCAGAUCAACAUGCUUUACGGAACCAUCACAGAUUUCUGUACAGAGGAGAGUUGCCCAGUGAUGUCAGCUGGCCCAAAAUAUGAAUAUCAUUGGGCAGACGGAACAAACAUCAAGAAGCCUAUUAAGUGCUCUGCACCAAAGUAUAUUGAUUAUUUGAUGACUUGGGUUCAGGAUCAGUUGGAUGAUGAGACGUUAUUUCCAUCAAAAAUUGGUGUCCCGUUCCCGAAGAAUUUCAUGUCUGUGGCAAAAACUAUACUCAAACGCCUCUUUAGGGUGUAUGCUCACAUUUAUCAUCAGCAUUUUGACCCUGUGAUCCAGCUUCAGGAGGAAGCGCAUCUCAAUACAUCUUUCAAGCACUUUAUUUUUUUUGUCCAGGAAUUCAACCUUAUUGAUAGAAGAGAACUUGCACCACUCCAAGAACUCAUUGAAAAACUCACCUCAAAGGACAGAUAAAAGGAUGCAAAGCUGUGCAAAUUGUUCCUCAAAUCGAGCUAUGUGGAAUAUAUUUGGUUUUUUUUUUAUCUGGUUUGUUUUUGUGUUAGGUUUGAAGGCUUGUUUGGGUUCCUUUUUCUUUAUUCUGAAUAAAUUAUAUUCCAUUGCUAGAGGCAGCCAGGAACCAUUGAUAGGGAUAAAUUUUGUCUUAGUGAUGUAAUAUCUUUUUUGACUUAGUUUUGUUUACUUGAGUUUUUUUUUUUUUUUUUAAAUUAAUAUGUGUGUUGAAAUCAAGUAGUUUGAUUAAACUGCUGAUGGAUGGGGUUCUGUGCUGUGUAAAUUGUGGCUGACUUAUGAAGUCCCCAAAAGACUUAAGUUUUCAAGUGCCUUGGCAGGCUCACUUCUGAGGUGCAAAGCACAGACAUAGAACUGAACAGGGCUCAAAACAAUACUAGAAUUAGUACCCAGGGCACUUACUGAUGCAUGUUUUAAAAUAUCUACGAUAAAAGCCAUAGUUUACCUAAAUUGGUGAUCUCCAGCUUUUACUACGUUGAAGAAACACAAUUUAUAAAGGUGUGCAUGUAGAACAUAAAAAAUGAGUAUUUCCUAAUUAUUUUUGAUAGUGAUGGUAAUAUAUUCUGUUCUACAGAUGCUUAAAGUUCUACAAGCAAGUCUUUUUCCAUCUCUUGAUAUCUGUGAUAUUGAAACUUGAGGAUGUUGGGAUGCAAUAUUGCAUUUUAGCUCCUUUCUACAUGUUAACUGCACUGUAGGUGUAAAAAAUUCAGGUUAUAUAUAGGAUUGCCAUCUUCGGAGGUGAUGCUGAACUGUGAAGUUUCUUAGCAAUUGCCAAAUGAACCAUAAGUCUGAAUAAUCCCCUUGUACUCUGAAGAGGAGAGAAUAGGAGUGUGUGUUUGAUUGGGAGGGUUAGUUUGUAUGGGGAGGGGAUAAAGGGUGGGACUGAGUAUGGAGAGUCACGUUCACAAAUGUCCUGUCUUAAAACCCUUGAAUAGAAUGGCAUGAAGAUUUUAAUCAAUUGCUUAUAAACAAAGUCUUGAAGACUUCCUUUUAGGCAUCAACUUCCAUGAGAAGUUAAAAAUAAAUUAUUAAUUUUUAGGUUGUUGUUGUUAGUUGCCAAUGAGUUGUGAUUCCAACUCAGUGACCUCUUGUGUGCACAGUAGAACUGCUCCAUAGGGUUUUUAAGGCUGUGACCUUUCGGAGGCAGAUCGCCAGACCUGUCUUCCAGGCCUGGUUUGAACCACCAACCUUUGGGCUAGUAAUUGAGUGCUUAACUGUUGUGGUACCCAGUCUAACCAUUAAAAAUGGAAUUUAAGGACAGUUUGGGGACAUUGAUCACUUUUCAACAUGUCCAUUCGGUGAAUGGAGCUGGUGUUUGCCUAUCAUUUUAAAAUGAUGCACUACAUUGUUUGUUUAUUAUAGACCCAAUUUGAAGCAUUUUGACUUCUGAUCAUUUCAUUGGGAAAGGAAAUCUUUUUCUUUGCAAUGAUAUCAAACAAUGAUAAGCUAAUUCAGUAUUAACUUUUAAAUCUUAUUUGCAUGACUUUCUAGUGAAUUAUCUCCCCAGUAACAAAUCCAGAAAUUUAGUUUUUAAAAUAUAAACAUUUUCACUUCAGUUUUAUUCAUUUCUGAUAAAUCUUCUUCUUUCAGUUAGAAAUAUUCACUUUUUCUUUGUAGAAUAGAAAUGCUUGCUAUAAAAUUGUGUAGCAGUAAUGUGAUUUAAUGCCAUCACAAUUAUGAUCACUAGGAACUGCCUUUUUCUCCAUUUCAUUUCUAACAAUCAUUAAGUACCACCAAUAGAAAGUAGCAGGAGAACCCUGACAGAGGCAGAUGUAUUGGGUAUUCAUUGGUAAUGCUUAUUCAUAAAUUGUAGUGAGAACUAGCUGAUUUCUUUGUAACAGAUCUCUUAGUAUCCAUAUAGAAAGUAUCAACCACUACGGAAACAAAUUUGGAGUCAAGUGAUUUUUGGUCCUAUCUAUAUAGGAAAAUGAAGCACAUGAUCACUAAGAUUGUCUUCCAUACUGCAUUUGGUUUCACAUCAACCUAGUAACAUAGGGGUUGCAAUAGCCAAGUGUAGAGAGAAUAGUGAAAAAAAUUGUCCUUGCUCUUGUAAGCCUUAUACAAUAGUACACUGUAAAAAUGGAAAAAUGUUUCUGUAAAUAUUUAGAAGUAGGACCUACUUUCCCACUGUAUGUAGACAGGUAUUUUUCACUGUGCUAGAAUCUCAGGUGCCCGCCUCUUGAGUAUUCCUUUCAUCAGAGUUAUUGGGAGUUAAGGAGAUACAUAUGUGUGUAUAUAUGGUAACAGAGCAUAGAAGUUCUCCCCAGGGAGGGGCCUGGCAUUGUACAUGAUGUUACAUGGCUACAUGAAGGGAAACACUGAGAGCAUAUGAGAAAUAACAAUCAUUUGCUUUGAUUUGGAUGUUUCCCAUGGGAGUUACUAAGAUGCCCUGUAUAAAAUAAGGAUCAGAGCUUUGUUUUGCAGCAGAGCUUGCUUAUAAAUGUCCAUUGGAUUCUCUUCAGAUCUCCUUAUUUAAGUAGCCAAGAUAAUUAUUUCCCCCCUGUUCUUUAUACAGGGAUAUAAAGAAAAGUUGGUUUUCUCAUCCUCUGAUAAAAGCGUCCUAUAAAAAAAUAAAGUAGUAAGUUAACACAAAA